GGUUUUCUCCAUUCACAUAUCCACUUUUAUUUUUUUUAAGUUUUGUUUAUUAAUUGGAUUCUUUUUUUACAUGCUAUAAAUGUUUUUGUUUUUUGUUUUUUUCCUUCUAGAUCAAAUCCACACAUUGAUCAGUGUGACGUAACUAGAGCUAGUGCAGUGCUGGAGAAUAUUAUGAGAUUUAGCCUGGAUAUUAAUCUGUCUUCUGGAAAAUAGAUUUCUGAAAUGGCCAAAUCAUGCAGAAAACUGAUAUUUAAUAUUUAUAUGGGAUUUUACUGUCCAACCAUCAUACCCAAAAUAUGCAUUUGUUCUCAAUUUUCAAUGCCAUCUAUUGAUCAGUUCAAUAAGGGCCCUGGGGUAGUAGCCACCAACGGGGAACCAUUUCUUUGGAAUGAGCUAAGGUUCCCCAGCAUGGUCAUUACCCUUCACUAUGUGGUCCAUCCAAAUCUUACCUCCCUGGGCUUUAUCACAUAUGAGAAAAUGAUCAGAGAUGCCACACUAUAUAUCAUCUUGCACAGCAAAGAUCUUGAAAUCAUGAAUAUCAUCCUUCGAUCAGAGGAAGAUUUGAGACACAGGAAACCAGGAAAAAAGCUGAAUGUUUUGAGUUUUGCUGCUCAUCAACAAAUUGCACUUCUGGCUCUAGAGAAACUCAUGGCUGAUUUGAGUUAAGCUGCAGCCAUUGACCUCUAGGCCAAGUCAGCCGGUGGUUUUGAAGGGUUUUAUAAAAGCACAUACAGAGCUUGUGGUGGUAAAACAAGAAUAAUUGCAGUAAUGGAUUUUGAGCCAACCCAUUCACGGUUGGUUUUUCCUUGCUUUCAUGAACCACUGCCAGGAGGCCUCUUAGAAGAUCAUUUUGAAACUACGGUAAAAAUGAGGACAUAUCUUAUAGCCUACGUAGUUUGUGAUUUCAACUCUGUGAGUGGCACAACCUCGUCAGGGGUCAAGGUGUCUGUCUACACAUCCGCAGGCAAAUGGAGUAAAAAACAUUAUGCCUUGGAAGCAUCAUUAAAGCUCCUUGAUUUUUAUGAACAUUACUUUGGUAUCAACUAUCCACUCCCCAAACUGGAUCUAGUUGCCAUUCCUGACUUUGAAUCUGGAGCCAUGGAAAAUUGGGGCCUCAUCACACCAAAAACAUCACUGCUCUUUGAUCCCAAGACCUCUUCUGCUUCUGAUAGACUGUGGGUCACCAAAGUCAUAGCCCAUGAACUAGCACACCAGUGGUUUGGCAACCUGGUUACAAUGAAAUGAUGGAAUGAUAUUUGGUUCAAUGAAGGUUUUGCAACAUACGUGGAACUCAUCCCACUUAAUGCUACAUAUCCAAAGCUAUAAUUUGCUGAUGCUUUUUUGGGUGUUUGUUUUGGAGUGAUUGAACAAGAUUCAUGAAAUUCAUCCUUUCCUAACUCCAAUCAGGCAGAAACUCCUAUUUACAUACAGGAAAUGUUUAAUGCAGUUUCCUAUGAGAAGGGAGCUUGUAUUUCAAAUAUUCUCAAGGAUCUUCUGAGUAAGGAGAAAUUCCAGGAAGGAAUUAUUCACUACUUAAAGAAGUUCAGUUAUGGAAAUGCCAAAAAUGAUGAUUUGUGGAGCAGUUUGUCAAAUAGUUGUUUAGGUAAUUUUACAUCUGGUGGAUUUUGUUAUUCUGGUUCCAAGAUGACAAGCUGCACACUUGCCUUUCUGGGGGAAGAUGUGGAGGUCAAGGAGAUGAUGACUACGUGGACUCUGCAGAGAGGAAUUCCCCUCAUUGUGAUUGGACAAAAAGGACAUUCACUCAGGCUCCAAUAGAUAGGUAUUCUGAGCAGGGUUUUCAAAGAUGACCCAGAAUGGAGGGCCCUACAGGAAAGGUAUCUUUGGCAUAUUCCAUUGACCUACUCCAAUUCCUCUAAUGCGAUUCAUGGACACGUUCUAAAAUCAAGGACAGAUACUCUGGAUUUAUCUGAAACUACCAGUUAGGUGAAAUUCAGUGUGGACUCAAAUGGCUACUACAUUGUUCACUAUGAGGGGCAUGGAUGGGACCAACUCAUGACCAAAUCUAACCUGCACCAGAACCACAUGCUUCGCAAACCUAAGGACAGAGUAGGUCUGAUUCAUGAUGCAUUUCAGCUGGUAAAUUUCAGCAAAAUUUCAUAUGAUUUCAUACAUUACCUUCUUUGAUAUUUUAAGCCGGUGAUUGACAUGCAAAGCUGGAGCAAGGAGGGCUCAGUCUGGGACAGGUUGCUUGCCUUGACCAUCUUAAAACUGGCCUCUUACCUGAACCAUGCUCCCUGCAUCCAGAAGGCAACUGAACUCUUCUCUCAGUGGAUGGAAUUCAGUGGAAAAUUAAACAUUCUAACAGAUGUUUUAAAGAUCGUAUAUUCCGUGGGUGCUCAAACAGCAGUAGGAUGGAAUUACCUUUUAGAGCAAUAUGGAUUGUCACUUUCAGGUGCUGAAAAAAACAAAAUUCUGUGCGCAUUGUCAACCAGCAAGCAUCAGGAAAAGUUAAUGAAAUAAGUGCACUAAUUUAAAUUAUUAAUUGAACUAAGAAUGGGUGGAAAGGUCAUCAAGACACAGGAGUUGGUGGCUCUUCCUCAUGCAAUCUCCAGAAAUCCAAAGGGACAGCAAUUAGCCUGGAAAUUUUUAAGAGAAAAUUGGACCCAUCUCCUUGAAAAGUUUUGACUAGGCUCAUUUGCCAUGACAGUGAUCAUCUCUGGAACAACAUUUCACUCCUCUUCCAAGGAGUUACAAGAGGUGAAACUGUUCUUUGAAUCUCUUAAGGCCCAAGGACCAUAUCUAGGUACUUUUCAAAUUAUUCUGGAAGCCAUAUCCAAAAAUAUCAAGUGGCUGAAGAAGAAUCUUCCCACUCUGAGGACUUGUCUACUGGUUAGUAUUUAA